AAUGGCUCCAUCGGAGAUUGAGCAAUUUGGGUGAUGCCGCUUGCUUUCCCCUUUGCUUUCAGGAAUGCGGCCAAAUGCCCAGAGGGGAGAUCCAAAAUCAAUACGCUAUCAGCUUGGCUUGCAUUUUUUGGGCAUUUCGGCGCCAGGGCCUGGUUUCUUUGAACACGCAGAGUAUGAGUUCAUUCUCCAGGCUGGAGAUGUGGCAAAACGCUUAAAACCUCGUCUUCCUCCACCACCUUUGGCUGGUUUGACAGAAGAUGAACUGAGAAGCUUGCUGCCAGUUGGUGAAGCAUUUCUUCGAAUAGAAGAGCGGACAGCUCUUCGUCUUCCAGAGCCAGUCGAUUACUUUUCCAUUGAUGUUUGGGAGGAGCGAUCGAAUUGGCUGAACACACAAAGGAAGCUUCUGGGCCAGUGCUAUAUCCCCUUGGAGCAGCGCUUCAACAAGAGGCUUUGCACCUGGUCAAUCGUCAAGGAGAAGUCAGAAGUUGGGCUGAUCAUUUGCAGGUUCUUUCUUGGCACAACGCCUGCACCUGUUCGCGGCUUGCAUGUCGUCCGCGCAGCAACCAGGUCAAGUGAGCUUCGCCUGGUGUGGGAGCUUCCUACAAGUGAUGGGGACUUGCCAUUGCGCGGAUACAGGAUUGAGGUACGGAGUGAAGCUGAACUUUGCCGGGUGAAGAAGCACAAAGAGCUCAAGACGAAGCGCAUGUCAACACGUCGAGGAGGAAAAACAAUCAUCACAAGGCCUCAACAAUCGAAGGCACGUGAGCAAUUGAGACGUGAUGUGGAGCCCAGGACUGCCAGUGCUCCGGCAUCAAGCGAGCCUGGUGCAACUUUGACCCACCUGUCUGGCAAUACAGUGUAUGUGAUUCGCGUUUGGGCCGUGAAUGAGGCUGGCGCUGGCCCGGCAGCUGAGGUCAUGGGGCAGACAGGUCCUAUUUCACCAGGCCUUUGUGGGGCAGCUCGAGGUGCCACUGAGGGCGAAGAGCAGGCCUUGGUGCUGGAGUGGGAACCGCCCAGUGACAAUGGAGGCGCUGAUUUGGUGGCUUACAGGGUUUGGUUGCGACCGGUUUUCCAGGAUGGUCUAGGCGGCUUUUUCCCAGCGACGAACUUCAUCGAUUUGGGCCUUUUUGAGCACGUUGGCCAUCCGGGUGCCACACAAAGGGCUCCAGUGAGGGUAGAUCAGCUGCCUUCUUGCUCUGGGUGCCUAUGCAGCGUGGCUGCUAUCAAUUCUGCUGGCCUUUCCGGCCAAUCCUUGGAGGCGCCUGUGGUGUGGGCUCACGACCCAGAACGCGAGAAGGAAAUCUUCGAAGGUUCUUCAUCAAUGUCAGAAGAUCUCAAGGUUGAUGGAGGACGCGUUGUCAUCACCCCAAGCCUCACAGCUCAAAGCCCUGCACCUUCUCAUCCUGAGCCUAUUACGGCAUUUGAUCCUGUGGCGGAAGGAAAAGGAGUUGUGCGUAACAUACGCAUGGAUGAUAGGUCGAACCCUACAUGGAAUGUUUCCACCCGAGGAGCCCUUGUGGCCAGGCCAAAUAAUUAAGGAAAA